AUGUCAUGCCUCAGCUGACGCUCGGCGCCACCGGUUGUCACAAGGGCCCGGGGCCUGGCGCGAGGGCGGCCCUGGACCGGGCCCUCGAACGUGCCCACCGCGGGGGGCAAGAGGAAGAACCUGCCCAGAAGAGCCCGGAAAAGAGACACAGCUCAGAGCAUCCAUCAUGUGAUCUUCAGACGCCAUCGACCUCAUCACACCCACAGAUGUGGAGGAAGAGACGGCGGAAGCUCUUCUCCUUCACAGGAUGCUACGCCUUCCUGCUAGCUGCUGCAGUGUGGUCUUUUUGCCAUAUGGGGGGGCAACUGUCCCUGGAGGACGUGUGCUUGCGGGGGGCACUGCUGUGCCUGCUGUGGGCGGCCCUGGUUGGCUGUGUCAAUGUGCCGCUUUGGUACCUGAGGUCGCCACUAGGACGGGACCCCGCUCCUGCGAUACAAGAGGAAGUUGUCAUCCGAAGCAAGACGAUGGCCAAUGAGCGGUCAACAAGUUCAGGUGUCCCUAUUCCUCUGGGUGUCGCCCUGGCUGACAGCCUGUUGCUGAGCGUGCUCCAGGAGCCCCUGGCAGACCCCUGCGGGCUUCACAUUCAGGAUCUCCUCUCCAGGUUGGAGUCUGUGUCCAACAAACUAGAGCGCGUUCCCCCGGGGUCCGAAUCCAUGCAGCUGGACUCCGUGCUGACCGACAAAGUGACGCUCAUCCGAAACUACCUGCGGAAAAGGGGCAGCUCGCUGAGGAGUUUGCUCCUAGUCCAGGCUGAGUUUGAGGCCGGCGUGAAGGAGCUGCAGGAGGGCGUGGAGGUCCGCUGGGGCCGACUGGAGGAGCUCCACACUGGAGUCACGCUCACGAGAGAGGGAGAUCAACACCACACGGACCUGGCGUCGGCCCACCACGAUGCCGAGACCUUAUUUGCAGACUUAAGCCACCACAGGAAGCAACUAGACGGCUGCCAGGAUCUCCUCAAAGACGGCACACAGCUCCUUCAGGAGUUGAUGUGGAGUCACAGCUAUGCAGGCAGCACACUCAGAAGCUGCAGUAGCGAGUCCGUGUGGCCGGAAAUGCUGCUGCAGUUCAACAUGGAGCAGUUUGACAAGGUGCAGGAGAGCUUCCUGUCCCUGGAGCAACAGACCACCACCUUCCAAGCCCACCUGGAGGGCCUCACCAGGGGGAAAGAGGUGGAACACGCAAGCCGGGCCUCCUCGCCGGACCUCAGCGGCCGACGCUCCAGUGAAGUUUCCUCGGAGCGUCCUGACUCGGACGGCGAGUCGGACGGUCGCCUCUCCUUAUGCGAGAGGUCGGCGCAGCAGUUGUCAUCCACAAUUGGACGCUUGCGUAAAUCCGGGAGAAAGAAGAAAGAAGUGAUUGGACAUUAGAAACUUACAUUCCAAAAAUAUGCAUGUUAGGUUCUCGGAAGACUGUAAAUUGCCCAGAGGUCUGAAAUCGAGUCACCUGGGAUGCAUUCCAGUUGUACACAUAUUAAAAUUUUCUGACAAUGCACUUGACACAAGGAGGCGCCCUGCCACCAGUUACCAGCAUGCAGCUAUGCGACAGACAGUAUUAUUUUACCAUGUCACACAAACUCUGAUCUCCAGUCUGUCGGCUAUGAUACUGCAUGUACCGUAUUUGUACAAACCGAGUGUGCUGACGUCGGCAAAGGUGGGAGAUACAUAAAAACAAACCGUAAUAAAGCCGCAAGCAGCGAUGAAUGGGCGAACAGAAUUAACCCAAUAUGGCUGAUUCAAAACAAAAAUGUCCGACUUCCUGUUCAAUUUCAGGCAUGGGUCCUUGAGGCUUUUGGUUGGUUGGUUGUUAUGGGAGACAUGCCUACCCAAUUUCCUGUUGAUUUAUAAAACUGUUAUCGAGGACUAGUUUCUUACAAAGUAUGAGAAUUUUUCUUUUUCUUUUUUUUUUUUUUUACAACUUUCAUGCAAAGUACAAUGUCUGGAAUUUACCCAAAAUGACCAUCUUCAAACCAUCAUGGUCAACUCCCUGUUCAAUUUCAUCCAUGGGUUCUUGAGACUUUUUUGUGCGACCUGUUAGGAUAGACAUGUCCACGCAAGUUUGUGUCAGUCUGUGACACCGUUGGCAUGGGCUGAUUUUUAUUUUGUAUUUUUUUCCAACUUUCUUAUAAAGUUUGAGCCCUAUAAUUCUCUACAA